AAAUCAAAGAGCUAGGUAUCAGAUGCAAACAACAAUCGGACCAAAAAAGAUGCCACCCAGAUAAGACUAUCAAACGGGGGGCAACUUUAUUUCAUUGAUAUUGAAUUUGGGUAUCAAUUUCAUUCAAAACAAUCGGGUUUUGCCUCAAUCUCAGGGAGCAAUCCGGAGGAACAAGAACAAUACCAAGACCCUUCUUCUAAUCAUUGAUGAAUGUCACACUGACUGGACUCUAGCCGCCGGCUCACGGCGGCGAUGACGGUGGUGGUACUGACCCAGUUCAUCUCAUGCAGAGCUUUCACGGUGGACCCACUUCAACCUAAUUUGAGACUACGAUUAAGAAGGUGCCACCGUCCAUUUCUCUCUCUUUCACGUUCCAUUGGGAUCUUCAUUCGAUUUAUCCACAUUUUGCAUUUUCUUUCUUGUUCGUCAGAAUCUAACAAUUAAAGAAAUAUUUCAUCUGGGAUCUGUUGCUUUUGCUUCUUUUUCUUGAAUCGAGCAUGAUUUUGGAUUUGGGAGUCUCUUAGAUUCAUUAAACAAUUGGAUAUUACCCUUUUGAGUUGUUAAAAUAUAUUUUCCCCCAAAACUCUGUUCGACUCCCCUGAUAGGGACAUUGGUUUCAUUCUAAGCCACUUUGAUGUUCUAAACAUGAUAAAUCCACUUUAAAUUCAUCUGGGAUCUGUUGUUUUUGCCUAUUUUUCUUGAGUUCUUUACUACAACGAGCAUGAUUUUGGACUUGGGUGUCUCUUAGAUUCAUUAAACAAUUAGAUAUUACCCAUUUGAGUUGUUAAAAUAUAUAUUUCCCCCAGAACUCUGUUUAUGAUAGGGACAUUGGUUUCAUUCUAAGCCACUUUAAUGUUCUAAACAUGACAAAUCCCCUUUAAAUUCAUCUGGGUUCUUCUUAUUUUAGUGUCUAAACGUGGCUUAUCCCUGUAACGAGGCAAAUCCAUGCCUCUAUCUGAGCUUUAUCGUGUGGCCAGAGGAAAGAACAACAUGGUUUCUGCAGAUUCAUCUCUAAACCCUGAAAAUGAUGUUUAUGAACUUGUGUGGGAGAAUGGCCAAAUUUUGCUGCAAGGACAGUCCAGUAAAGCCAGGAAGAACUCAUGUGUACCAUUUCAUAGUCCCAAGGGUACUGAUUCUGUAAUCAGAGAUGUAUUGGGACAUGAUGAUGAUGAUGAUGAUGAUAUGGUGCCUUGGCUUAAUUAUCCUCUUGAUGAACAUUCUUCUGAAUUCUUACUUGAAUUAUCUGGGGUCACUGUUAAUGAUCCCCUCUCACGCAAUAGUAGCAGUAAGCAGGUCGAUGGCGAUGCGCAGCUCAAUCAUUUGCACGGUGCUCGUCUUGAAGAUGGUAAUAUCUCCAAGCUUUCUUCAAUGGAUGUAUCGAGUGCUCGAGCUAGAAGUUGCACGAAUCAAUUACAUUCAUCAGCAUCUCAGCAAAGCCAGAUAUCACUUCCACAUCGCAGUUCUUCAAGCACAGCAAGGCAUAAUUCAUCGAAUAUCAUGAAUUUUUCCCAUUUUCUGCGACCUGCUGUUCUUAAAUCCAAUGAUCAGAACCGUGACGUGACUAAAGCUGUCGGUUUGUCGAGUAUGCGCUGUGUAGGCAGCAUGGAUAAGAAUUGUUCAGCAGGUAAUACUCAACCUUAUGAAUCAUCGUUUUUUAAAACUCGUGGUAGCAUAAGAAAUGAAUCGAAAUCAUGCUGUGAAAAUGCAGUAGUGCCUUCCAUAGAUGAUAGCAAUCCAUCAGAUGUCAAGGCUCCUGAGACACUGGAGGUUGUCGAACAGCCAGAGGUUGCUUGUUUGGGAGAUUCAGCCAAAAACGAUGACCGUCCUGAACCGUGUCUUGAAGCAGGUGCAAGUAAAGGAUUGUCAGAUAGUGAGAAGGUUGUUGAAUCUGUAAUAGCUGCUUCUGUUUGUUCACGCACUAGCAUGAAAAGAGCUUUGGAUGAUACGACCGUUCUUAGGAAGAGAAAAUGUCACGACAACGAGGAUUCCGAAUGGCACAGUGAUGAUGUAGAAGAAGAAAGCAAUGACAUGAAGAGAGCGACUCCUGCUCGUGGAAACGGUUCGAAACGAAGCAGGGCAGCAGAAGUGCAUAAUUUAUCAGAAAGACGACGUAGAGAUAGGAUCAACGAGAAGAUGCGUGCGUUGCAAGAACUCAUACCGAAUUGUAAUAAGGUUGACAAAGCUUCCAUGCUCGAUGAAGGGAUCGAGUACUUGAAAACGCUUCAACUUCAGGUUCAGAUUAUGUCGAUGGGAGCUGGUUUGUUCAUGCCUCCCAUGAUGUUCCCUGGAGGAAUGCCACCCAUGAAUGCACCUCAUAUUUAUUCACCCAUGGGCGUAGGAAUAGGAAUGGGAUUUGGGAUAGCUAUGCCUGACAUGAAUGGUGGUUCUCCUGGCUAUCCCAUGGCUCAAAUGCCACACUUGCAAGGAACGCAUUUCCCGAGCCCAUCGAUACCAGCUCAAACUAUAAUGCAUGGAAUGCCAGGUUCUAACUUUCAUGUCCUUGGAUUUCCUGGUCAAGGACUCCCCGUGUCCAUGCCACGUGGCCCGAUUGCUCCGUUUCAUGGAGGACCUUUUAUGACUAAUUCCAGUGUGGCAGUAGCUCCUGUAGAGAGUUUCAGUUUAGCUGCAGCUUGUAGCUCGAAAGAUUCGCCUCCAAAGAUGAAUUCACCGACCGUGCGAAAUGGUGGCAACGACCCUUUAAUAACAGCUCCUAGACAGGGUAACAAACAAGCUUCUGGUGUUAAUGGCAGUGGUACGAACCCGACCAACAAUAACGAAACGACGUUAUAACUAGCUAUGUUAAUAACAUAUUGGUCAGGGCUCAUGGCAUUGGUUCAUGAACUUCACUUGGAGAUCAUCCCGCUUUGGACAUGGAGAUACGUAAUUCUUGAUACCACUUGGAGGGGACUUGGCAGGAUGAUCUUUCAAUGGAAUUAGCUGAUUGAUCAAUUAUCUUGAGGGGACUUGGAUAUGAUGAAAAUUUGUAAGAACAAGAGAGGGCGUUGAGUUAUAUGAUACCGAGACUGAACUAAGAUUAUAAAGUUCGAUGAUAUAUUUUGUACGAUGCAUCCUAUCGAGUUUAUUGAAUUUGUUACGAGAACUUGCUAACUUAAUUGGGUUACGAUCUAUUUGGGUACUUCUAGUCUCAUAUCGGCUAUAGACCUAGACGAGCAAUGACCCACAUGACUAUGUUCUUCAUCAUAGGGAUUUGUAUAUUGGUUGUGGACUAGUUUGACCUAUCUUAGUUUC